CCAAGCACCACCACUGCCAGAAGGGAGGGCGGGCGAUCAGCGGAGGAGUCAAUCAAGCAGGUCUGUGGAGGGUCGGACAGAAGGAUUGAAAGGAUAAGCUUGCUCCAAUACGUAUCUCAGAGGUGACUGCGUAUAUGUACAAGUGUCAAUGAGUGGGAGGCGUGCCCUGGCAGGUGCUCUGGAUUUACGCAGCUUCAUUCUGAGAAGCCAAGUUCUGGGCCUAUACAGAGAUGCCCUGCGGGCAGCUCGACAAGCCCCACUAGAGAGCAGAGCGGAACUUCGCCAGCAGGUCCGCAACGAGUUUGAGACAUUUCGCCACGAGAGGGAUCCCCAGGCCAUCCGCUUUUUUCUGAGCGACGGCCUGCAGAAGCUGAAAGACCUUAAGGGAAUGCUUAGUCAGAUGGGUUGAGGCUGAUAGGCACACAGCGGCCAGAUCAAAGGACUUGAACCAUUAGGGGGGUCCUACUUCGAAAGAAGUAGAUGCGGGAUUGGGGCAAGUGAAGCGCACGGGCUCCUAGGAGGGAGUCCGGGAAGGAGUCUGGCUAAGGAUUUGGGGGGCCGGGCCAAUUCAACCAAAGGCAACGGGAUCCCAAAUGGUGGUUUUGGGAGAAUAAUCAGAGCAAUCUGAGACGAUGGGGACAAAUUUUAAGCGAUCGUGGGGUCUCCUUUUAUGAUUGGACACCUUGAAGCAGAAGACAUGAUCAAACCGGCUCGCAAGGUAAAAACUUAGGAAUCAUUGAGGCUGCAAAGCGCAACCUCCGCCACCGCGCUCCGUGCCCGCGAAGUGCUGCGCCGGUGGGGCUGGCCUCACCAAUGCCAUGUUUAGAGCCUGUGGCCCUAGCUUGCGCUAGCCAGCUCGGGGUGGGACGCACUGAAGCAGAUACCUCAUCAUACACGUGCAGGCUGGCUAAUCUUAGCUAGCCGCCUCAUGCACUUUUCAACGAGAAUGCAUGCUGGCAGGUCUGUGAUCCUUGAUGUGUGCGCGCGUGAUCUAAUCUAGUAACCGGCAGCAGCGGCAUAUGAAUUGCUUGGAUCACAGACCUAGCGUUUUACUUCGUUCAAGACAACGUAGUCACAGUCAAGUUACUCGAAUUGAUCAAUCCGGUAA